AUGGCCGCUCCCAAAAGCACAACAAGCACUCGCUUGACUCAGAUCAAGGACUUUCUAACCAUGAACAAGACUGCAAGUCUGUCCAUGCCCNUUGACCCUGACUCAACCAUCUUCCCGACUCGCAAAGAGCUUCCCACCAUUCCAGGAGCUCCAGAAGGUGCUGCCUGGGUCUGGGGUGAAAAUGACAACAUUGGCCGACUGAACCUCUUAACACCUACCCGAGUUGCUGCUGCUGGAAAGGAAAUCAAGAGUGGAGAAAUCAUUCCCGUCAACCUUCCUCUCAACACUCCCGAGGUCCCUGCAUUCCAUCGUGAAGUCUUCAAACACGAAAUAAAGACACUUACAGAGAAUGUUGCCUAUGACAAUAUCUACCAUCUAAAUACUCAAUCAGGCACUCAAUUUGAUGGCUUCCGCCACUUUGCACAUAUUCCUUCUGGCACUUUCUACAACAACACAAAGGGUUCGGAUAUCGUGGGUCCACAUGCAAACCACAAGUGUUCUAUCCAUCAUUGGGCUGUACAUGGUAUUGCUGGCCGCGGCAUUCUCCUCGAUUAUCGCGGCUAUGCUCACAAGAAAGGCAUCAACUACGACCCUUAUGAGUACUACCCCAUUUCCUUUGAGGAACUCAAGCACUGCGCUGCAGAUCAGGGUAUAGAUAUUCGUCCAGCUGCUCAAGGCGGUGACAUCAAGAUUGGAGAUAUUCUAUUCGUCCGUACUGGCUGGGUUGAGGCCUACCACAGCAAAUCGCCUACCGAACGAAACGAGUUGGCCGUAAGACCACAUGCCAUGGGCAAAGAUGACGGACAGAGGUUUGCAGGCUUGAGUCAAGAAGAGCGUAUGCUGGACUGGCUACACGACUCUUAUUUUUCAGCCGUAGCUGGUGAUGCACCUGCAUUUGAGGCUUGGCCGACACAUGAAGGUGGGUUUCUCGUUCGUCCUAACACAAAGCAGAGACUGACUAUUACGACAGAGUACCAUCUCCACGAAUACAUCCUUGCACUCUGGGGUAUGCCGCUGGGGGAAAUGUUGGAUCUAGAGAAGUUGUCACAGACUUGCCGUGAGAAGAAUAGAUGGACUUUCUUCUUUACCGCUGCGCCGGCAAACGUUCAAGGUGAGAUGCUUCCUUGUUACUUGGGCCAUCAAGGCUGUUGCUAA